AUGAAUCAUAAAGAGCGACGUAAGGAAAAGACAAAACGAUGGCUACAAAGAAAGAAAGAAAACGCGGCGGAAGAGAGAAGGAAAGAUCGCGAACGGAGGAUUGAAGAGCGUGCGAAGGAGCUGAUUGCGAAAAAACGUCUUGACGAGCAGGGACCAGCUAGAAAAAAACCUCGCCAGGCAGUUUUCUGUCCAAAAGAGAUAAAUCCGAUCAACGUUGUUCGCACGACAAAGCACAUAGGAAGCGGGAGCUACGGCUCCUGCUAUUUAGCCUUCUACAGAGGGAUUACGGUCGUAGUGAAAGAGCUUCGUGUGUCUUGUAUUGGGAGUGAAAAAAAGGCAGAAGCAAGCGACAGAGCACGAAAGGAGCUUCUGAAUGAAGCUUCUAUCGUCUYGAAGCUUGGAGACCACCCCGGUCUACCAAUGCUAUACGGGGUCACUAGUAAAAAGGAGCCCUAUUUUCUAGUGCUCCAGUUCCAUGGAGAGGGGGCACAAAGUAUAAHGGUGGCAAAGGCGACAAGAGGAGGUUUGAUAACAAAGAAACCUGAAUGGAGAAAGCUGUUAGAGGGAGUUAAAGGUGCACUACAGCACGUACAUAAUGUAGGUUACCUACAUAAUGACUUAAAGUCCAAUAAUGUUGUUUUGGACAAGAGAGGGUCAGUGUACCACCCUGUAAUAAUUGACUUUGGCAAAAGUAGGCCGAUAUCUAACCCAAAAGGGCCUAGAAUGAUGACAGAGGUGCAAAUCAAAGCUUACAAGAAUAACUAUGGACAUAUCGCUCCUGAAAUCCCCGAAGGACGAAGUGGGCAGACCGUAAAGAGCGACGUUUAUAGUUUUGCCAAGAUAGCAGAGUAUGUAUACAAAAAGUGUAAUUUGGGGCCUUUACCCGUAUUAGUGGCACGUUGUCUUUCUUCCUGUCCAGAAGAAAGACCAGUCCUAGAUUCUAUCGAAUUCUAA